CUAAUCAUGCGCCGUUUGCAUAAUGAAAACUGUUGUCAAACAUCCACCAUCUUCUCAUCUUUUUUUAAAAGAGUCUAGUGUGAAAAAUAAGUUAAUAAAUCAUAAAAGUGACGGUCAGUGAUGGAUGAUCCAACAAGAAUGAUGGCUCACGCUGGAGGCGGACUCAUGCCUCCUCAAACUUAUGGAAUGAAUCCCCAGGGGGAGACCCCCACUGGGGGUGAAAACGAGCCUAGAAAACAAGACAUUGCAGAAAUUUUACAACAAAUUAUGAACAUAACAGAUCAAAGUUUGGACGAAGCUCAAGCAAGAAAACAUACUCUGAAUUGUCACAGGAUGAAACCAGCCUUAUUUUCGGUUUUGUGUGAAAUAAAGGAGAAAACAGUGUUGUCGUUGAGGAACACCCAAGAAGAAGAGCCACCAGACCCCCAACUGAUGAGGCUGGAUAAUAUGCUUAUUGCUGAAGGAGUGGCUGGUCCUGAAAAGGGAGGAGGAGCAGGGGCAGCAGCAUCAGGUUCUGCUGCAGCUCAAGCUGGACAACCGGAUAAUGCAAUUGAACAUUCAGAUUACAGAGCAAAACUAGCCCAAAUCCGCCAAAUAUAUCACCAAGAACUAGAAAAAUAUGAACAGGCAUGCAAUGAAUUCACAACUCAUGUUAUGAACUUACUAAGAGAACAGUCCCGCACUAGGCCAAUUACCCCCAAAGAAAUCGAGAGAAUGGUGCAAAUUAUCCAUAAGAAAUUUAGUUCCAUCCAAAUGCAAUUGAAACAGUCAACAUGUGAAGCAGUGAUGAUUUUACGAUCAAGAUUCUUAGAUGCUAGGAGAAAAAGGAGAAAUUUUAGUAAACAAGCAUCAGAAAUUUUAAAUGAAUAUUUUUAUUCUCAUUUAUCCAAUCCCUAUCCAAGUGAAGAAGCUAAGGAAGAACUGGCAAGGAAAUGUGGAAUAACCGUUAGUCAAGUAUCCAACUGGUUUGGUAAUAAGCGAAUUAGAUAUAAGAAAAACAUCGGCAAAGCCCAAGAAGAAGCCAAUCUUUAUGCAGCCAAGAAGGCCGCUGGAGCAUCGCCAUAUAGUGGAACGCCAACCCCAAUGAUGUCACCAGCGCCUCCACAAGAUUCCAUGGGUUAUUCUAUGGGAUCAGCUUAUGAUCAAAGUUCUGCAUAUGAUGCAAGUAGUUGUGGUUAUGACCCUAUGCAUGGACAACAAUUAUCGCCCUAAAAAGACACUCGAGUGAAAACUUUUCAGAUAGGAAGCAUGCUAUCUACCAUACCAGUGUUUGAAAGGUCAGUUUAAAGUUAAUGUGUAUUUUUAUCAUUCUAAACUAUUGUUUAUGAACUCGUUAUUGUUUAAUGAUACUAUUGUUGAAAAGAGAACUAACAAACUGGACUAAAACAAAUUUUCAGUGGAAAGGUUAUGUAUCUGUCAUAAAAUUACAUAACCUAUGCUGGUUACCGUAGGGCAGGCAAAUUUUUAUGCACACCAGUUCUAACUCUUUGGUUGUUCUAUGGAAACGAAUGAUUUUAACAAUUUGAAUCAAUUUUAUGUAUCAACUUGGGUAUAGUUGGCUCACUUGUGCUGUUUAUGCUGUUUUUAGUCUUCCAAAUAUCUUUAUCAUUUUUUUUUCAAUCUUUGAAAUCUCAACCGUUUAUGAAUUAGAUGAAGGUGGAACUUUGACUAAGAAAUGAAGCCUCUUUAGAAAUUCCAAAUUUACGGAAUUUCUUCUGAGGUUUCGUUGGUUUGAUAUAUUCCGGAUUGCAUUCUUCCUAUCUAGUGAGCUGUUGCAGAAACUGUAAUAUACAUUUGUAUACGGAUUACAAAAAAAUGUUUCAUUAAUUCAGUGCCGUAAUGCUUCAUUUGUGAGUACAUAGUUGUAAAUUCGAUCAUUCUUGAUUCAUGUGUUUUCUAACCAUUAUGAAAGCCCUGAGGAAGCUGUUAACUCCACAUAAUUUUUAUAUCCAGUUGGGGAACCCUGCGUGUUAUAUUUCUAAAUGGAGAUUAAACUGAGAUUAUUUGUUUAUAUAUAUACAUAUAUAUAUUUUGCGAAGUUUAGUGAGAUUAUUUUGUGUAAUUAUAUUCUCUUUGUGACGAAGUCAAACUGAAAAUUUUAUGUAUAUUUUCCAAGUAUUGUCAUUGAUUGAACAUAGUUUUUUUGCCGAACCAAUCUGUAUUUUUACAAAUUGGCUAACUCACAUAUGUCUAAAUAGGUCUAAAAAAUAGGUGUAUGUUGAAACGAGACUAGAAAAUCAUGAUUGUUUUGAUGUCAUUCUGGAGACUAUUGUAUUAUUUGACCGCUUUAAGUGAAAUAUAUUAUUUUAAAUCAUUAA